AUGAGUGAGCUGGUAGAGGACGACGAGGCAGGAGCAGAGUGUGUGCGGUCUCUGUCGCCAGUCCCAGCAUUGUCUUUUGUGUGUUAUCAUUUAUGCGUUGAAGGUUUCACGUCACUCAUUGUUCAAAGCAGACUCAUCAGCAACCCACAGCAACAGCAACAGCAACAGCAACAACAGCAACAGUAA